AUGGCUAUUUCGGUUCCCACGUCGAAACCUCCGCGAAAUCCGUUUCAAGCCACCCGAAAGGCUAAUACAUUUGAAGCCAAGGUGACCACCAAACCAAAAUCCUGCGAUCUCUGUAUGAAGGAGAAUCACCCGGUGUGUCGAUGUCCCCGCUUCCUUCAGAUGCCGGUGCCAGAGAGGCACAAUUGCUUCACGUGCAAGGGACGUCACAAUACGCUCUUGCACAAGGAUGCCCGACCGGAGAAUAGUCCAACGCCGGUCCCAGCUCAGCCCAGUUCUCACAAUAUUGUCCGGACUUACUUUACCUCUGAGGCAAGGUCCUCGCGAGAUAAGUUGCUAGGUACAGCCAUCGUGGACUUUUGGCACAAGGGCACUGCUUAUGCUUCACGGGCGCUAUUAGACCCGGCUUCGGAAGCCAAUUUCAUAUCCGAAAGAAUGUUCCGGCUCAUGAAGUUACCAUUCCAAACUGUCAGGGCCGAAGUGACAGGCAUUAACGGAAAGGUGAAUCGGUCAUCGCAUGGACCUCAAGUCCAGAUAGAGAUAGAAGCUUUUGUCUUGUCCCAAGUGGCUGAUGAUUUGCCGUCAUGUACGAUAGCCCAAGCCACACUGGAAGGAAUGCCCAAUAUUCCUUUAGCAGACCCCUCCUUCAGAUUAAAGGCAAAGAUCGAUCUACUUCUUGGCAUUGAUGUCAUACCAGCGGUGACCCUUUCCGGCAUCCAGACCGAAGUGUGCGGAUCUUUAAUGGCUCAAGAGACGAGAUUCGGUUGGGUCAUUUCAGGCCCGUUGCAAGGGGUCCCCGUUAGUUCGUGUGUCGCAUUCACCACGAGGGUCGCUGUUAGCAGAGAGGAGGCACUUGAAACUCUUCUCACAAAGUUUUGGGAGGUGGAGGAUCUACCGGGCAAACCGGUAGAAGAUUCUGAUUCUGUUUGUGAGGUUAAUUUCCAGAAGACCACAAGAAGAGAUGUUUCGAGGAGAUAUACGGUCUCACUUCCGUUUCGAGAUCCAACCAACAUCAACCUUGGUCAUUCCAGACCAGGGGCAUUGGCUCAGUUCCUAAAAAACGAAGGCCGGCUCCUAAAAAAUAUUCCGGCAAAAACUGAUUAUGACGCCGUCAUCCAAGAAUAUUUGGACUUGGGCCAUAUGCGUCAGGUGCCAUUUGACGGCAGUAAUAACAAUUUUUAUUUGCCACACCAUGCAGUUUUCAAGCCCGACAGAACCACAACAAAAGUACGGGUAGUCUUUACCGCCUCUAGCAAGUCCACAAACGCAGUAAGUCUCAACGACAUACUUUACCCUGGUCCGGUACUUCAGUCCGACCUCACUACUCAGAUUCUCAAGUGGCGUUUUUUCCGGAUAGUUUUCAAUGCCAACAUCACAAAAAUAUACCGCCAAAUUAUGGUCGAUCCAAUCCAUACACCAUUUCAGAGGAUCCUGUUCCGAAAUAAAGAGGGGCAACUUGGUGAUUACGAGCUGAAUACCGUCACGUUUGGCAUUAACUGUGCUCCGUUCUUAGCCAUCCGAGUACUUCAGCAACUCGCAAGUGAUGUACAAUCCAAAUUUCCUUUGGCUAGCGAUAUUAUCAAGUCCUAUAUGUAUGUCGAUGAUGUCCUGGCAGGGGCUCACAAUGAAGCAACGGCAAUCGCAAUGGUCAAUGAACUUCAAGACGCUCUUGGUUCAGCUGGAUUUCCUUUGCGCAAGUAG